AGUUCUUCGACAAAUUCAUUAAAAUGCCAAACAGUAUUUCCUCAAAUAAAAUUCCAAAUGAGCUUUUUGAAGGCUAUUCUGAUGAGCUGUUAAAUUUUGCAGCUAUAGCGUGUAUAGUGUUUAUGGUCAUCGGGGUGCCAGGUAAUAUUUUAACCAUUGCUGCUCUAUCGCGAGGGAAACAGAACCGUAAUUCCACAGCUGUAUUUAUAAUAAACUUAUCAAUUUCCGACUUGUUAUUUGGAUGCUUUAAUUUGCCUUUGGCAGCAUCGACGUUUCUGAGACGUUCCUGGAUACAUGGGGAUUUGUUGUGCCGUUUAUUUCCACUAUUGCGUUACGGUCUAUUGGCGGUAUCGCUUUUCACAGUAUCCCUGAUAACAAUCAAUCGUUAUGUUAUCAUUGCCCAUCCCAGACAUUAUACAAGAAUUUAUCAACAUCGGUACUUGGCUUUAAUGGUGAUCGGUACAUGGCUAUUGUGUUUUUCAAUUAUGAUACCAACAUGGCGUGGUAUUUGGGGCAAGUUUGGUCUAGACAUAGCGAUUGGUUCAUGCUCCAUUCUACAUGAUCAUAACGAUCGCUCUCCCAAAGAGUUUUUAUUUGUGCUGGCAUUUAUGGUGCCUUGUUUAUGCAUUGUAUUCUGUUAUGCACGCAUUUUUUAUUUGGUACGUAAAGCGGCAUUCCGUUCCAGAGAACCUGCAUCAAAGCCCAUAUCGCCUAAAGGAACUGAAUCUAAUCGAAACGUCACAGAUCCAGAAAAUGUCAGGGCUCUCAUCAAAGUUGCGGACACUGGGGGUGGUGUUGCCGAUUAUUUGGACCUAAAGCCCUUCGAUGUGGCCGACGAUAUUCAGUUCAUAGACGAUAACUAUUCUUUAGACAAUUUACCAAUAUCGUAUGAAAAAAUUAGUAAAAAAACUGAAGCCAAAUCAAACACAUCUUCCAGUUUUACAAAUGAAACAACCAAAUCUACACAACCUUUAAAUAAUUCUAACACCAAAAGUUCAUCAAAUCCCGCAACACAGAACACAUCAGCGCGCCAUAAUCCGAUAAAAACAUCAAUUAAAACAUCAUUUACACGAUUUAGUCCCCGAAAAAAUCAUUACGUUUCCAUGGGCAAUACAUCGAAUGCAUCGGCAAUAUAUCCGGGGCGUAUGAGUAUAAAAGAUCGCAGGCUCUUGAAAAUGAUACUAGUGAUAUUCGUAUCGUUUGUCAUUUGUUAUUUGCCCAUAACGUUAACAAAAAUUUGGAAAGGUGCCAACGAUAAUCACAUUUUCAACAUCAGCGGUUACCUGCUGGUCUAUUUAACAACUUGCAUCAAUCCAAUUAUUUAUGUGCUUAUGUCGUCGGAAUAUCGGCAGGCCUACUGGAAUUUACUAAGAUGCCGAUGUAAAACUUUGUCAUCCCACAAAGAUUUCAAUCGUGUUCCGAAAAUAUAACAUGAUUUUGUAAGAAUGACAAAUGUAAGAAGAAGCUAUUUAAAGUUUAAGGCCGUAUUGUCCAUGGCUGGAAUAAACAUAAAAUGUACAUAAAUAAUGUGUAUUUAUUUGUACAUAAUUUGAUCACCGAAUAAAAGUAUUAUUGUUUUAAAUUAACCUAGAA